AUGACAGUUUUAUCAUAUGCGUGCUCUAUUGAAUUUUACAAAUCAAAUAAUGGUUUGGGCGAUUGUGAACCGUGUCCUGAACAUAGCAAUACACGAAAUAUCGGUAGUGCGGAAUGUCAGUGCGAUGCGGGAUAUUACAGAGCGAAAGAUGAGGGACCUGAAUUUGCUUGUACGCAGCCUCCAUCAAAACCAUCACAUGUUACGGUAGCAAGAAUUAAUGAAACAUCGGUUACAAUCGAAUGGGAUGAACCGUUAAUGCUUGGUGGACGAAAGGAAUUGUGGUAUCGUUAUCAGUGUCCGGAAUGUCCGGCAACAACAAUUGCUGAUCCAAUUGGAAAUACAUUUACAACAAAACGUUUAGAAUUAAAUGCUUUAAAAUCUGGUUCCACUUAUACGGUGUUAAUUUUUGCAGAAAAUAAAGUAUCGAAGAUGGAAUCAGUUAUUAAUCAAUAUGCAUUAGUUGAAUUUACUACACGAACUACUGUACCAUUAGUAAGUGGUCUUCGAAUUGAAGGUGUACAAAAGAAUGGUGUUACAAUUGCAUGGAAAACGAUGGAUGGAAUUAAAAAAGGAUUCUCAUAUCAAAUUGAAUCAUUGCACAAUGAUUCAUCGACAAUUGUUGAAACUUCACGAAGUUAUUAUACGUUUGAAAGUUUGGAACCACAAUUCAUGUAUUCAUUUAGG